AUUGGAACCUUAGCUAAGCACAAAUUACUGUUCUAAUAUUGGCAAAAGUGUUUUUCAAAUUGAUUAGCCAAACACAAACUGCUACUCUCCAAAAGUACUUUUACGAAAAACACUUUUCAAAUUAAGCAGAUUUUGAAAGUUGGCCAAGCAGGCUAUUAGUAGUUUAAUAUUGUUUGGGAGCUUAUGCCACUACAUGAUUGAACUUUCAGCGGACAUACAUCUACUAUAUCGUGUCUCUCUGUCAAUAAUGAUUACCAAAUGGUAUCUUGCAGUGAUGACCUUACCAUUCAGAUAUGGAAUUGCGAAAGUGAAAACGAUUAUGUGGGGUCUAAAUUAAUUUGGACACAUGCCUGCACUCUAUCUGGAUAUCAUGAUCGGACAGUUUUCUCAGUUGACUGGUUGAGGGAAAUGAUCCGUUGUUUACCUGAAGGGCAGGAGGAUCCAGGAAUUUUUGCCAGUGCUGGAGCUGACAACGCUAUACGUUUGUUCAUCGAGAACAAGGACAAUGAGGUUGAUGGACUUACAUUUAAGCUACUUUUGAAGAAGGAGAAGGCUCAUGAAAUGAAUAUAAGUUCUGUGAAAUGGAAAGCUGGGGAUAGAAGGCUUUUGGCGUCGGCCAGUGAUGAUGGGACAGUGAAGAUAUGGGAGUUGGUUUGCCCCUGGCCUGCUGGGGCAUCAUAGCUGAUACUGGAAAACAAUGUUUGUUGUUAUAGUAAUUUUGAAGCCACAAGACUUCUUUUCCCUUUUUUUCCCCCUCUUGGAGGCAGUUCUGAUUCAUAUAUAGCAAUAUCAUUACUACAUUUUUUUGCUUGAAUUUGAGACUGACCUCUGCUUAAGGGUAAAGAGACCCUAUCAAUCCACCACAAUCCUUGGUGAUAUCAUUACUACAUAUUAUACUAGAAAAGCAAGAGAAUGGAUCUGCAAAAUUUCUCAAUAUAACUUAAAGCUGAGACCAUCUUUUUGGAUAGGGUCUCUAUCUCUGUAAGAUAUUUUUAUGCAUGUUCUAUGACAAUCUGCUGUCAUAUUUAUCGAUGAUGUAGAAAUAUAAUUCACAGCAGAGACAGAUCCAAGAUUUGAAGUUUAUGAGUUCUGGCGACCCCUCGCUAGACACCGAACCCCCUACUUAUAUAUGUUGUUGGUUUCACAUUGUAUUAUUGGUACGUAUUUAGUGAAUUUCUCAACAUAUAUACUGUAUCAUAUGCUUUGCAUCAGCCUUGAUUCAUAGUAAUUUUGAGCCUUUUGAAGCCUUAGACUACUACCUUUUUUUUUUUUUUUGGUUCUCUUAGUGGUCUAAUCCAGGAUGUAGCUAUAUCACUACUAUAUAUUUUUUCUACCAGAAAUAAAAGAAUGAAUCUGCAAAAUUUUCAAUAACUUAAAGAUGGGACCAUCUUUUUCUGGGUGGAUUCUUUAUUUCUGUAUGAUAUUCUUAUGCAUGGUAUAUGGCAAGUUGGACUUUAGCAUCCAAGGAUGCAUC